GCAGCAAAAAUGGCCACAGCUGGUAAGGUCAUCAAGUGCAAGGCAGCAGUGGCCUGGGAGCCCAACAAGCCUUUGGUGAUUGAGGAUAUUGAGGUAGCCCCACCCCAGGCCAACGAGGUCCGCAUCAAGAUCGUGGCGACCGGGGUUUGCCGCACAGACCUCAACCACCUGUUGGGCAUGCAUAAAAAGGGUUUCCCAGCAAUCCUCGGUCAUGAGGGAGCCGGCAUGGUAGAGAGCGUGGGACCUGGAGUCACUGAAUUUCAGCCAGGAGACAAGGUGAUCCCUCUGACCAUCUCACAAUGUAGAGAAUGUCGCUUCUGUAAGAGUCCUAAGACAAACCAGUGUGAGAAAGGAUGGGCUUCUAAUCGUUAUGAUGUGAUGGCAGCAGAAGACUCCAGGUUUACCUGUAAGGGCAAGAAGGUGCUGCAGUUCCUGGGAACCAGCACCUUCUCUCAGUACACUGUGAUUAACCAGAUUGCUGUGGCGAAGAUCGACCCUGCUGCUCCUCUGGACAAAGUCUGUCUCCUCGGCUGUGGGGUCUGCACAGGAUUUGGAGCAGCAGUUAAUACUGCUAAGGUGGAACCAGGCUCCACAUGUGCUGUGUUUGGUCUGGGAGCUGUGGGUUUGGCUGCAGUAAUGGGCUGCAAGGCUGCAGGAGCCAAGAGGAUUAUUGCUGUUGAUAUAAACCCAGAGAAGUUUGAGAAGGCCAAGGUGUUUGGCGCCUCUGAAUUUGUGAACCCCAAGGAUCACAGCAAACCCAUUAGCCAAGUGCUGUCUGAGAUGACCAAUGGAGGAGUGGACUACUCCCUGGAGUGUGUCGGGAAUGUGGGAGUCAUGCGCAGUGCAUUGGAGUCCUGUAUGAAUGCCUGGGGUGUCAGCGUAUUGGUUGGCUGGACAGAGGUAGGCGACAUUACUGCCCGACCCAUUCAGCUCAUCGCCGGACGCACAUGGAAGGGCUCCAUGUUUGGAGGCUUUAAGAGUAAGGAUGGUGUGCCCGAGAUGGUUAAAGCCUACCUGGACAAGAAGGUGAAGCUGGAUGAGUUCAUCACUCACAAGAUGACCUUGGACCAGGUCAAUGAUGCCAUUGAACUAAUGAAGCACAGCAAAUGCAUCCGAACUGUCCUGAGUGUUUCUCCAAAUUAAGACUAUAAUUGUGUUGCUUUCAGUGACCCCAAAGUAACUCCAGAAACU